AUGGCCUCCAGCACAACUCCAUUCCGUCUCCUUCAUUGGGUUCACAAAAUUGGAAAUUAUUCAAAAUCCAAAAAAUUCUAUGAAACUGAACUUGCCAUGUCCGAACAACGACAUGAACAUUUCGAUGCUGGAUGUGAAGCUGCUUGUAAUGGUCGAUACAAUACCAGUUGGACAAAAACAAUGAUUGGAUAUGGUCCAGAGGAUUUACAUUUUGUGUUGGAAUUGACUGCUAAUUUUGGAAUUAAAUCAUACAAGUUGGGAAAUGAUUACAAUUAUAUUGCCAUUCAUCAAAACAAACAAGAAGAAGAACAAACAGAGAGUUCUUUGGAGGAACGCAAGUUUAUUAGUGACCCUGAUGGUUACAAGUACUUGUUGUUGAAUAAGAAUAAGGAUUUAACAGACAAUCAAAGAAAUGCUCAAGAAAGUGAUCGAGUUCAAUACAUUUCAUUGCAUACUUCGAAUAUUGAGAAACAAAUCAAAUUCUAUACACAAGUGUUGGGAAUGAAAGUCUUUGAUCGUGAUGUUGAAAAUGGAAAAGUUUUAUUGGGCUACGCACAAGAUCAAGCCAAAGUGGAGUUUGUACAAUUGCCACACAAUGAACCUUUAAUUCAUGGUGAAGCUUUUGGACGAUUGGCAAUUUCAUCCACUGUGGAUGUGAAACAAAUUCAUCAACAAGUUCUCAGUGCCAAACAAGAAGUGAAGGAAUUUGAGGAGAGUCAAGUGAGUAUUGUGAAGGAACCUGUCGUAUUGCCAACACCUGGUAAGGCUGACGUGGAGGUGGUGAUUAUUUCAGAUUGUGAUGGCUAUGAGAUUUGUUUUGCUGAGGCCACUGGAUUUUACAAGUUGGCAUUGGGCGAUUCUUAUGAGCUCUCGAAAGAGUAA